AUAUUUAUUAUCCAAAGUGAGGACUCCAACUUGUGUAUUAAAGUGGACAUGGCUGGCCUUGUUCUGGAAGACUGCAGUCAACUCUCAGAAGACAUGUUAUGGAAAUGGGUAUCCAAUCGCCGUCUUUUCAACAUAGGCAGAAGUACCUGUCUAGGACUGAACAUCACUAGAAUAGAACAGCCAUUAAGUAUGCUUGAAUGUGAUUCAACUCAAUACUCAUUGUGGUGGAAUUGUGAUGGAAAAGCAUUAGUUGGCGUGUCAGAGUACAAAUUAGCUAUUGAAAACAGCAAACACAUUGUGGCCAAAAAAAAAUCUGCUCAUCAGUGGAAACAGUACAUGUCCUAUGAUGAAGACCUUUGUGAACCCCCAUUUCAAGAAACGUAUACCUUGCUGGGAAAUUCUUUUGGUUUCCCAUGCGUUUUUCCAUUUAAAUAUAAUAACAAGUGGUAUUAUGAGUGUACCAGAGAUGGAAAGGAAUUUGACUGGUGUGCCACAACAACUCACUAUGAACAAGAUGAAAAAUGGGGGUUUUGCCCAAAUGCUGAGAGCGGCUGUGACGUUUUUUGGAAGAAGAACCCCAACACGCACCUUUGCUACCAGUUCAGCCUCACGUCUGUGCUGACCUGGCGUGAGGCACGGGCCGCCUGCCAGCUGCAAGGAGGUGACCUGCUGAGUGUCACCGACCCUGAGGAGCAGAACUACAUCAGUAACAUAAGCAGGCAGUUAAACGCCACAGACAUGAUGCUAUGGACGGGCCUGAAUCGCCUGGGGGAAGAUGCUGGCUGGCAGUGGUCAGAUGGAGCACCACUGGUGUUCGUGAACUGGAGAGCAAAUGUCUCUGAUAACCGUUUUAGAGAAAAUCAUUGUGCAGUGAUUAAUUCAAAAUUGAAGUACGGCUGGCAAAGUUAUUUAUGUGAAUCUGGAUUGCCUUUUGUAUGCAAAAAAUAUUUAAAUAAGACAGAACAUGAAACAUUGGAUACAUGGAAGUAUUAUGCCACUCGUUGUGAUGCUGGCUGGUACCCACACAAUCGCAACUGCUACAGGCUUCAUAAAGAGGAGAAGAGCUGGAACGAUGCUUUUAUCUCAUGCCAAAGUGACAAUAGCGGGCUCAUUAGUAUAUCAUCCAUGGCAGAUGCAGAGUUGCUCCUUAACUUGCUUGAAAGUGAAAAUGUAACUGAAACAUGGAUCGGGUUAUACAGUAAUAACACCCCAGUUGUUUUUGAGUGGUCAGAUGGCACUCCAGUAAAAUUCUCUAACUGGCAUAGCCAAGAACCUAACACCUUUCAAACAACAGGACAGCUCUGUGUUUCAGCACAAGGACCUGAGGGACAUUGGAAUGUUAAAAAAUGUGAAGACAGAUCUUUCUACAUUUGUAAAAAAGCAGGGGAAUUUAAUAAUGUAUCUCCUGAGCUGGAAUCAAGUUGUCCAGAGGGAUGGGAAAGACAUGGUGGAUAUUGUUACAAAAUCGACAGUACCCCUCGAAGUUUUGAACAUGCUUCCAGUGGUUUCAGGAUUCUUUUUGCCUUUAUUAUUUUAUUAAGGUUUGAACAAGCUUUUAUCAACAGCAUGAUCCACAGCAUGGUAAAAUCUGAGAGAACUUACUUUUGGAUAGGACUGCAAGACCUUAACAACACAGGAGAAUACUUUUGGCUAAGUACAGCAGGAAAGAAUCGCUCCGUGAGCUACACAAACUGGAACAAGUACCAGCCACGUCAUUCGGGAGGAUGUGUGGCUAUGCGAGGGCAGGACCCUGUUGGUUAUUGGGAGGUGAAAAGCUGUAAGAACUUCAAAGCAAUGUCAUUGUGCAAGCAGAAAGUCAAUUCUUAUGACGAACCUGAACUUACUUUCCAAAAACAUUUGAGUUCCUGCUAUUCUGGAUGGGAGUCGGAAGCUCAUCUGCUCAGCUGCUACAAGAUAUUUCACAAUGAGAAAGUUCUGAUGAGAAGAACAUGGGAUGAAGCAGAAGCCUUAUGCCAAGAUUUUGGAGCACAUCUUGCUAGUUUUAGCCAUGUCUAUGAAGAGACAUUUUUAAACAAUUUAUUAUAUACAAUUUUUGAUAGGACAGAAGAAAGACAGUUCUGGAUUGGAUUUAAUAAAAGAAACAUGCUUUCUGGAGAGACAUGGCAGUGGUCUGACAGAACACCUGUGGUAUCUUCGUUUUUGGAGAGCAAAUAUGUUGCAGAUGACUCAAGAAACUGUGGUGUGUUCAAAGUAAAUAGAACAGUCUUUCCAGCACACUGCAAUGAAAAGCGUGAAUGGAUAUGCAAAAUACCAAAAGGUGUUAAACCGAACAAUCCAGGCUGGUACAUAUCUGAACUGCCAUGGUCAUAUUAUCAAGGAGCAGAAUAUCUUUUCCAUAUCAGUCCUGCCAACUGGGAAACCUAUGAGUUUGUCUGUGCCUGGCUUCGCAGUGGAAUGGCAACAAUAAAUUCUUCUGGUGAACAAGCGUUUAUUCAAGAUAAAAUUAAGAAGCUAUCAAAUACUGAUGUUCACUGGUGGAUUGGAUUGCAUGCAGAAAACCUCAGCAAUGAAUUUCGCUGGAGAGAUAAAUCACCAGUAACAUACCAGAACUGGAAUGAAGGGAGUGAGAGAGAUCCGCAGAAAUCGGGGAAAAGAUGUGGCUUCAUUUCAUCACAAACAGGACUCUGGGGUGAUGAAAACUGUACUGUCUCUCUUCCCUGUAUUUGUAAACGUAAAAUUGCAUGGAAAAUAGAGAAAGAGAUUCCAAAAGACCAAAACCAACAAGGAAUGUGUCCCAAAGGCUGGCUGCACUUUGGAUUGAAAUGCUUUUUGAUACAAAUUCCAAAGGAUCCCGAGCAUCUGAGAAACUGGUACUCUGCACAAGAGUUCUGCAGUAACUAUGAUGGGUCACUCGCUUCUCUUGAAGAUGAACUGGAACAAG